GUCCCAAAAAGAUGUUAUACCAAAACUUAUAUCUCAUGCAACCCCGAAUUUCUCAUUUCGCAAAAUUACCCCCCACACAAUGUAAGACAGUAAGAAAUCUCCCGAUUUGACAAACUGAAAAGUAUUCAGGUUCGAACUUCGAAAGACGCAAUUCGGCAGAUAUCAUAUGCUUGAUGUAGCAUGGCAGAUAACGGACCUGUCAUUUGCAGAUGGGAUCCGCAGAAUGACGAAUGAAAGGGGAGUAGAUGUGAUACUCAACUCUCUUGCUGGGGAAAGUUUAUUGGCCAGUUGGGAUUUGAUUGCACCAUAUGGAAGAUUCAUUGAGAUUGGAAAGAAAGAUAUCAAUGCGAACAGCGACUUGCCAAUGCGUCCAUUUAUGCGGGGAGCGACGUUCGUUUCGCUGGAUGUUUCACGCAAGAUUUAUGAUAUGCCGCGUGAGGUUAUAGGACAUACCAAGAAAUUGCUUGAGAUGGUUAAAGAUGGCAUUCUCCAGCCUGCACAUCCUGUACAUAUACUGUCAGUGUCUGAUAUACAGAAGGGUAUGAGGAUGUUACAAGACGGUAAGUUGAUUGGGAAGGUCGUUUUUGAUCUUGACCAGCCUCAUGCGUUGGUCCCAAAUAUGCUCAGGACAAAGCCGAGUUUUUUUUUCAACGAGGAUAAGACGUAUCUAAUUGCUGGUGGAACUGGUGAAUUGGGACUUGCAAUCGCGAGAUGGAUGGUCGAGGAAAGAGGAUGCAAGAAUCUUCUUCUUUUAUCCCUAUCUGGUCUGAAGAGCGAAGUAGCCAUCAGGACGGUAAAGGAACUUCGUCAGACUGGCGCAAGAAUUGAAGCUCCUCCAUGCGAUAUAACAAAAAUAGACAUACUGCGCAACAUAUUGAGGAAAUAUGCAUAUGAUAUGCCACCCAUUGGAGGUUGCAUCCAAGGAUCUAUGAUUCUUCGAGAUACCAUCUUCUCAAACAUGACCCACGAUGACUGGCGCACAAGCACAGACCCCAAGACCAUCGGCUCCUGGAACCUCCACACUCUUCUCCCCCACGGCCUCGACUUUUUUGUUCUCCUCUCCUCCGUCGCAGGAGUUCUCGGUUCCGGCGGUCAAGCCAACUACGCUGCCGGAAACACCUACCUUGACUCUCUCGCACGAUAUCGCGUCUCCCGUGGUCAAAAAGCCAUCGCUUUCAACCUCGGCGUCAUGCUCGAGAACGGCUUCCUCGCAUCCAAGAGCACAUUACGUGAGCGUAUCCUUGCGAACGGUGUACUCUCUGGCGUUGCACCCAGACAGUUUUUUGCCCUGCUUGACAAAUACUGCAACCCGAGUUUAGAUGUUCUCCCCAUCGACGAAAGCCAGCCCAUGAUCGGACUUGCAUCGCCUGCUCAGAUCUUGAAAAGGGCACCAAAAUAUUCUCCUUUCCCUACGCUCCCAUUCUACCAGUAUAUUAUGUACCGUGCACAUAAGAGCGCACAAGCCCAAGUUGGGGAAGUGGAUGGAUCAGCAAAAAUGAGACACGCGUUUUUGGCAGCCGAGACGCUCCCAGAAGCUGGAGCCAUUGUCGCUGAAGCUUUCCGUCAACGCUUGUUGGGCAGUAUGCCUGGGUCGGGUGAGAGUGUUGUGAGUGGAGAUACUGAGGCGCUGAACAAACAAAUCCGCUCGUAUGGGGUUGAUUCGCUUGUUGCUAUUGAAUUGAGAGGGUGGUUUGCUAAGGAGUUUGGGGUCGAUGUGCCGAUUUUUGAUAUUUUGGGUGAGGGAACGCUGCUUAGUAUUGGGAUAUCGGCGGCGGCGAAAAGCUCACUGCGCGUGGUGGCUGAUGCUCCGACCGAGUGA